ACAGUUGAUUGAAUGAAUACUGUGUGAAGACUCGGAGAAGAGCUGAGGACGGGCUUGGGGACAAUAAUGUCCGCCAAGAGGUCUAAAAUGGCACUCCCUGGGGAGCUAUCGUCCGAGGAGGAGGGGAGCACGAGCCCCUCAGAAAAUUACGAUUACCCGCUGAGGAAGGAUCUUGAAGAGCUCAGAGGCGAGAAAGCAGCCCUCGCACAGCAACUGGAGUGCCAACAACAGCUGAUAAUUCAGCUAAAACAGGAGGUAGCAGCGCUACAAGAGGCGAUGCGAACCAGUGUAGGAAGAAAUAAUCGUGAACCGAUCGUCAUCGACAGCGGGGGAGCACCAGCAGCAAUAGAGGAUUCAACAAGAGCCAACGAAGAGUGCGAGAUGGACAGCGUGGGACCAUCACCAUCACCAAACCCCGAAGUCAACGACGAAGGUGACCCGUUCAACUUCGUGCGGAGGAGGAAACAUAACAAGAUAAAGGUUAGUGUAAAAACUGUAACCGCUCCUAAACAGGCACAUCGCCCAAAAUUGUUCAAUUGUGCACAGAUGUGUCAGGUGGACAAAAUCCCAUCCUCGCGGGGAAUGCGGAAGACAGGCGACCGAAGGGCCUCUUUGCUGCAACUGCGGCCAAGCUGGCCACCCAGCGAGCUAUCGCGGGUGCCCAGCCUAUAAAGAAAUGGUAGCCAGGAAGGAAGCUGCCAAACAAAAGCGAGCCAAUGAAAGCUCCCAAGUCAAGCGCACAGUGACACAACUGUCACAAAGCUUGGUCAAUCCCAGCGUAUCGUACGCUCAAGCUGCCAGAAACACUCAACCAAGAGUGGCAGCACAAC